GAUUGACGUAAAUGAGAUGCAGUCACAACGUUGCAACGUUGAACUUUAAGUAACUCAAUACUUUUGUGUCUCUCUUCUCCUUGUUCUCGAUUUCCUUUGCUGUCAUGCUGUUACUAUCUCUUACACUCUUUUUUUCUUCUUGGAAUACCUUCGUUUACGCUGGCAGUCAAUCCAAAGGCGAGAACUGCACCGUCGGUAACAAUCGCCUCCAAUUCGGCACCUAUCAAUUUCAUAGCGAUUGCGACGCACAAACAUACUGCUCGUCGCAGGGCACUUGUGAACUGAAGGGCUGCAGAAAGGACCAAUAUCCAUUUGGGUAUCCACCAGACGCCUACAUACCACCAAAGUGUCCUGCUGGGCAGUUUUGUCCCGACGAGAGCGAUGCGUGUCAGCCUUUGCUACCUGUUAGUAGUCCGUGCCAGCUGAAUCGUGAUGACCAAUGCGAGCCGCCUCCGAAUUGGCAGGAAUUGGCUGAUGGCUCGCAGUACGGCCAUAACGUAAAUGGCUCCGUCUGUCUGAACAAUGUCUGCAUGUGGGCAAAUGUCACAGUCGGCCAGUCUUGUGAAGUCGAGAACACCGCCUACGUCGCCUAUGCGGGAACUAACGAGUUCGCUGAUAUUGUGUCCCGAGGCAAUUGUCAAACUGGGUCGUAUUGCGACUCGCAGUCGUUGGUUUGCAUCCAGACAAAACAGCUUGCAGAGACCUGUGAUGCAGAUAAAGAAUGUUCGUCAUUUAACUGCUUGAGUAAAGGUGUUUGUGGUUCAAGUGCUGACUCGCCAAAACACUUUGGGAUCUGGGUAUAUCUCAUGGUCGGAGUUGGUAUCUUCGGAGGCAUGUUUGCCACUUUGAUUACCUUGUUCCUGAUCCACCGCCGUCAACGUGACAAGGAACGUGAGAAGCGCCUGCAGUACUGGCUCGAACAGAAUGCCUUGCGCCAGAGCAUUAUGCAAAUGAAGGAAAUUGCUCGUACCUCUAUCUUGUCUCUCGGUAAUGGCAACAGCAACCGGAGCAGCCGCGCUGUAUCGGAAGAGUCAUCGACACCAAUGAUCCAGCACUCGGUCCACAAGUCGAGCGGGCUGAGACAACAAUGCCUGACAGAUGAACACGGGCGCGAAUACGAUUAAAUAACGAUGCAAGCGAGUCAGCGGUGGGUGUGGGUAUCGUGCACAGGCGCUCGAACUUUUGACUCUUCAUCGAGGGACUCUUUCACCACGAACUGACUGAUCUAUUCCCAUCUUAUAUUCAACAUUCCAGUAACAUCCCCUUAUAUAUACCUAGAAUGAACCUUAAUUAUUGACUGCGCCGGCUAGUUAUUAGGACGGACAAAAAUAAGUGGUUGGUCUAAUA